AUGUCAACAUCUGCAACAGUUACACAGCAAGGCGAGUCGAUUCGCGUAAGAAACGAAGACCAACUACCUCCCCUCCCACCAGCGGCCAACGAUGCGACAUUCCAAGGUCUUGCGCGUGGAGGCCGAAACGGCACUCUGAAGCUCCGGGGUAUCCCUACCUUCACAGACUUGAAUGAGAAGCGCAAGUGGAUGAAAGAACACAUGGCAGCUGCAUUCCGGUAUUUCGGCAAGCUUGGGUAUGGCGAGGGUGUCUCUGGGCACAUUUCAAUGCGCGCGAACGAACUGUAUUCUGACAACCUGCAAGACCCGAUCUUGAAAGAUCACUUUUGGAUGAACCCCUUCGCCAAGCAUUUCUCGACUAUCAAGGCCUCGGAUCUUGUGCUUCUGGAUGCCGAUGGAUUCGUCGUAGAGGGUGGAGCCCAGUUACCAGUUAAUGAGGCUGGGUUCUUGAUUCAUUCGGAGAUUCACAAGGCACGUCCCGAUGUCGUUGCUGCGGCACAUACCCAUGGUAUUCAUGGGAAGACGUGGAGUGCAUUUGGAAAGCCUAUUGAGAUGUUGACACAAGAUGCGUGCAACUUCUUUGGUCGACUGGGAGUUUAUGAAGAUCAUGGCGGUGUCGUUCUGUCCGCGGAGGAAGGGAAAAACAUUGCGAGGGCUUUGGGCCAGGAGAAUAUCGCAUGUAUCUUGCAGAAUCACGGCCUCUUGACUGUUGGUCGAACCGUCGAUGAAGCAGCAAUUCUAUACUCCAUGUUGGAGAAUGCUUGCGAGUCCCAACUUCUUGCAGAGGCAGCUGCUGCAAAUGGCCUUCCGAAGAAGAUCAUCAAGGACGAUGCGGCCAAAUAUACUGCCGAUGCUGCUCAGAAUCCUCAUAAUUUCUACACCGAGUUCCAGCCCGAGUUUGACUUGCUCGUUGAAGAGACGAAUGGAAGGUUCCUUCAGUAG